UGGCCUGCUUCCAGCCUUGGAGGUGUCUAUCGAGGCCUCCGCCAGCAUCUCGGAGCGGCUUCGGCGGCUGGAACGAUGCAGGGCAGGAGUAGCCUAACCUUCGUCUUUCUGACCGUGGCCGUCAUCUGGGCCGUGGCGCAGCACGCGCCGCCGUGGACAGAAGACUGCAGAAAAUCAACUUACCCUCCUUCUGGACCAACCUACCGGGGGCCAGUCCCGUGGUACACCAUAAACCUUGACUUGCCGCCCUACAAGAGAUGGCAUGACUUGCUCACUGACAAGGCAUCGUCGCUAAAGAUAAUCGUGAACUCCCUAAAGGAUGUAGUAAAUGCUUUUGUUCCAAGUGGAAAAAUUAUGCAGAUCGUGGAUCAAAAGUUGCCUGGUCUACUCGGCAACUUUCCUGGCCCCUAUGAGGAGGAGAUGAAGGGGAUUGCAGAUGUUACUGGCAUACCUUUAGGAGAGAUUAUUUCAUUCAACAUUUUCUAUGAGUUUUUCACCAUCUGUACUUCGAUAAUAGCAGAGGACAAGAAAGGUCAUUUAAUACACGGGCGAAACAUGGACUUUGGAAUAUUUCUUGGGUGGAAUAUAAAUAAUAACACCUGGGUCGUAACCGAGGCACUAAAACCGUUAACAGUGAACUUGGACUUCCGGAGAAACAAUAAAACUGUCUUCAAGGCGUCAAGCUUUGCGGGCUAUGUGGGCAUGUUAACAGGAUUCAAACCAGGACUGUUCAGUCUUACACUAAAUGAGCGUUUCAGUACAAAUGGCGGUUAUAUGGGUGUCAUCGAGUGGAUUUUGGGGAAGAAGGAUGCCAUGUGGAUAGGUUUUAUCACUAGAGCAGUCCUGGAAAACAGCACAAGUUAUGAAGAAGCCAGGAAUAUACUGAUCAAAACGAAGAUACUGGCCCCGGCGUACUUCAUCCUGGGAGGCAACAAGACCGGGGAGGGCUGUGUGAUCACACGGGACAGAAAAAAAUGUCUGGACGUGCACGAACUCGACCCCGAGCAGGGUAGGUGGUAUGUGGUGGAAACUAAUUACGACCGUUGGAAAAAUCCCUUCUUCCUUGAUGACCGCAGAACAGCUGCAAAGAUGUGUCUAAACCACACAACACAAGACAAAAUCUCAAUACCAACCAUAUAUGAUAUCCUGUCAACAAAACCUGUCCUCAACAAGCUGACGGUGUUCACAACCUUGAUGGACGUCGCCAAAGGUCAAUUUGAGACUUACCUGCGGGACUGCCCAGACCCCUGUAUCGGGUGGUGAGCACACGCCUGGCCUACAGAACGCGCUGGGGCGCGGUGGGAGCUCUCGCAUGGCUGGCCUGUGCAGCCGCCUGCCCUCGGACCAGCAGCUGAGACUCAGGGCAGGGCCUCUCGAAGGCAUGAGCUUGUCCGUCUCGGUGUGUUUACACUUCGCAGGCUAUUUGUGCAGAAACAGCUGUUUGUUCUCACGUAAGUGAAGUACGACAGUCGUUCAGAAUUUGUUGUUUCAUUUCAUUUUGACAUUUGGGGGCGGGGGUGGGUCACCUAUUGUGGGACCCACUUCCACGGAAUAAAGCAGUCUCUGUGGGCACUGAAAUCUGCACAUCUGUAUAAUAGUUACAGUAAAUAGUCCACGUUGUUUUUCACUUUUAUCUACACAUUUGUAAGUUUUUCUAUGCGAUUGUCUUUGCUGUUUGUGACAGCAAUAUCAUUUCACCAACUUUGACGGGAGGGAGAUGAGACAUUCAACUGUAUUAUUUCUUAAUGGACAACACUCGGGGCCUGACUCUGCAUGGCAGUACUUGCGGGGGUUGAUGAAGCGGUCGGCAUGCAGGGUAGUGCUGGACACACAGAGUGGGAGUGUUCCCUUUUCCAGAAGCACCCUACCUCCCAGAGACCCCAGGAAGCUAGUAGCGUCAAAAUCUGAGCUCCAGGUUCCGGGAUGCACAGUGAACAGGCCAGGCCUGUGGAGAAUGGGAGGUGGACCCACUGUCUGAAACGUUCCUAUGUAUCACCCACUUAAUAGUUUUUCUUCUGAUCAGUAUGUAUUUUUUAAAAACUUAAGUUCAGUUACUAAAAAUGUUUUCAGCAAUCAACACAUUUAUGAAAAAUGCUAACAGAACGUGUUAACUUUUCUAACUUUCACAAUGAACUGUGAAAUGCAUGCCAGCUGGCAUGGCUGUAUCCACUUCAUUUCCGUAUCAGCUGUACGCACGACGUUGAAUAAAGUCACUGGAAGCAGUGUUGCA